GGUGUCCUUCCCCGGCCCACCCCCAGCAGGCCAGUCCUGGGCCCCAGCUGCAGAGCACCCACAGGCUGCCAGAGGGAGCAGGUCGAGAGACCGGGGAUCCCUCAGGAGCUAAGUGGGCAGCUGGGGACUCAGCCAGGAGGGAAGCCCUGGAAGUCUAGCCAGGACCUGCCACGGCUCCUCCCCACCCCCAACCUGAAGCCACAAUCCCUGCUUAGCAUGGGUGUGCCAGCAAGAGGCUAGCCCCUGCCCAGGUGAAGGCUGACCCCAAGCCACCUGGCCCCUGGACAGAAUGAGAGUGUCAGGUCUGAUUCGCCUCCUGGCCCUCGCCUUUGCCCUGGUGGCCACGUGGAUCUUCCUUCGCACUUCCGACAGCUUCAGCGUGAGAACCAUCCGUCUGCCACGCUGGAUGGACAUGGCGCCCAAGGACAUCGAAAUCAAGAAGACCAAGUGUGGUCUCAGCAAGCCCUGCCCCUUCAACUACUUUGCGUUUAGAAUCUGCAGCGGGGCUGCCAACGUCGUGGGCCCCUCCAUGUGUUUUGAAAACCAAAUUAUCAUGAGUCCUGUGAAGAACAACGUGGGCAGAGGCCUAAACAUCGCCCUGGUGAACGGAACUACGGGAAAGGUGCUGAGGAAGAACUCAUUCGACAUGUACUCCGGAGAUGCCAAGCUCCUGGUGAACUUCCUGAAGGAAAUUCCACGGGACACCCUGGUGCUGGUGGCCUCCUAUGAUGACCCGGGGACCAAAAUGAACGACGACAUCCGGAAACUCUUCUCCAACCUGGGGAGUUCCUACGUGAAGCAGCUGGGCUUCCGGGACAGCUGGGUCUUCUUAGGAGCCAGAGACCUCAAGAAUAAAAGCCCCUUUGAACAGUUCUUAAAGAGUAACCCGGAAACCAAUAAAUACGACGGCUGGCCGGAGCUGCUGGAACUGGAGGGCUGCGUGCCCCGCAAGGUGUUUUAGGAGGUCCGCGGCUCUGCCUGGGCCAGGGGCCUGACGACGCCGCUUCUUCCUGACUCGGGUCCGGAGCCCAGCGAAGCGGGGGCCGGGCUGCCAGGACCCCUGCGGAAAGCCCUUCGUCCUCACGCUCCGCGCCUCUCCUGCCGGGCAUCCAGACCCUCCGACCACCCUGCAAGGUCCACCCGGAGAAGCGCCCAUGCCCGGGGUCCUUCUGGAACCAGCUGUCUGUGGAGAGAGCCGAGGGUGCUCCCUUCAAGAACAGCUGGUGGUCGGUCCCAAGGAAGGACUGACUGCCCACCCCACGGGAGCAAAAUUAAAUUUGAUUUUGGCUGGU